GAAACACUCAGCUUAUUUUGGAAUCUGUGACCGGAAGCGUGAAUCGCGCGGACCCCUUUGACUGUGAGUGUCGCGCGGAGGUUCUGUGUUCAUCGGUCACGGUCUACUAAACAUCUCCCAUCAUUCCUCGUUUCUUUCCAACAUGGCGGCCGCCAUCCGCCUCCUUCCCGCCGCCGUCACGCUCGCGCUGUUGUCUUGUUUUACCUCCGCGGUGUCCUCGCGCAGAGACGUGCUCGAGCUCGGUGACGCGGACUUCGACUACCUGUCAACGGGGCACGAGACCAUGCUGGUGAAAUUCUACGCUCCAUGGUGUGGUCAUUGUAAGAAAUUAGCUCCAGAGUUUGACAAAGCAGCCACGAGACUGAAGGGAAGCGUCCAGCUGGCCAAGGUGGACUGUACAGCUCACUCAGAGACCUGUGGUCGUUUCGGGGUCUCUGGUUACCCGACCCUGAAGAUCUUCCGGAACGGAAGAGACUCCGCCCCCUACGACGGACCUCGCAGCGCAGAUGGGAUCUAUCACUACAUGAAUAAGCAGACCGGACCAGACUCAGUUCACCUGAAGACUGAAGAAGACCUCCAGACCUUCAUCACCCACUACGAUGCCAGUGUCGUAGGUGUGUUUUCAGGUGCAGAUGGAUCUCAUCUGUCAGAGUUCCUGAGAGCUGCAGCUCUGCUGAGAGAACAGUUCAGAUUCGCUCACACUGCAGAUCUCAAGCUGGGGGAGAAACACGGAGUAAAGUCAGAGGGUGUGUUGUUGUUCAGACCUCCCAGACUGUCCAAUAAGUUUGAGGAGAAUGUCGUGGUCUUUCAAGAUUUCCUGACCAUCGGGUCUCUGAGACGCUUUAUCAGAGAUAACAUUUAUGGUCUAUGUCCUCACAUGACUGUGGAGAACAGAGAUAGUCUGAGAGUUCGUGACCUACUGACAGCGUACUAUGACCUCGACUUCCAUCGCAACAUCCGAGGGUCCAACUAUUGGAGAAACAGGGUGAUGAAGAUGGCAUCUACAUUUUCUAGGCGUGGCCUGACAUUCUCUGUAGCCAAUAAGAAGGACUUCCUGUUUGAGUUGGAGGAUGACUUCGGCCUCGGGACAUCAGACGGGGGGGACCUGCCGUUCGUCACCAUCCGGACCAAACUGGGCCACAAGUACACCAUGAGAGAGGAGUUCACGAGAGAUGGUCAGUCUUUGGAGAGGUUUCUAGAUGAUUAUUUUGCAGGUCGACUCAAACGUUACAUUAAGUCUGAACCGGUACCUGAGAGAAACACGGCUGCUGUGAAGGUGGUUGUUGCAGAGUCUUUUGAUGACGUCGUCAAUGAUCGAGAGAAAGAUGUUCUGAUCCAGUUUUACUCUCGGUCCUGUUCACACUGCAAGAAACUGGAGCCGGUCUACAGAGAGCUGGCUGAGACGCUGUCAUCUGAUCCAAACAUCGUCAUCGCCAAGAUGAACGCCGCCGACAACGACGUCCCGCUGGGAUACGACGUCCAGGGGUAUCCCACCAUUUAUUUUGCUCCAGUGGGGAAGAAGGACGAGCCCAUCAGAUACGAGGUGAACACACACUAGCUGUAGCUGUGUCUCAGUUCAGGGGCUGCAUCCUCCGGAGGACCCAGCCUUCACGGUCUACGUGGGCCGCGUCCUUUGAGAACCGCGAAGGCUGGACCGUGCGGUCUCCGAAAUGAGACGUUGUAUGUGUGUAUAUAUGUAUAUGU